AUGGGUGCAGGCGACUUGAACGUAAAAAAGUCAUGGCAUCCACGACUGCAGAAAAACCAAGAGAAAGUAUGGCUCCAUGAGCAAGAAGCAGCAGCCGAGAAUAAGAAGCUCGAAGAGCUCCGUAAGGAGCGUGAGCAGGAGCGGCAAAUGCAAGAAUUGCAACGGAUCCAUGAAGCGGCCGGAGGCAAACGGCGUCCUGAGCGUGUCGAGUGGAUGUACGCUACGCCAGCGACAAGCAGUGGACCAUCGGAAGCUGAGUUGGAAGAGUACCUACUGGGAAAAAAGCGUGUCGACAAGCUGCUUCAGGGGAACGAGACAGCACGACUUUCGAGGACGUCAGAUCCUUCCGCCCAAGAGAGUUCCGACGUGAGCUCUGCGCGUGAUCUGGCCCAAAAAAUCAGGGAAGAUCCACUAUUUGCCAUCAAAAAACAAGAGCAGGCUAUGCAGGAAAUGCUCAUGAAGGACCCGACGCGUCUUCGACAAAUGCGUGCGCGCCUUGGCCUGCCAGAUGACGAGCCUCGACACAACCAUCAUAGCCACGAAGAGAGAUCUCGCCACCGGCACCGACAUGAGCGCAGAUCGCAUCAUGGGCGCGUAUCUCGCUCACAUGCAAGACGUGAUGAUGGCGUCGGUGAGAGAGAGUACUGUGAAGGCCGACACAGACGACAUCGCGAGCACUCACGAAGAUAUGAUGAAGGUGACAGGCGCAAGGAUGACCGCUACCGGGAUGCUCGAAACGAGGAUCGACACGCUCAUGACUAUGAUCGCAAUAAGCGACACAAUGACGACCACUACCGCCACCGGCAUGUUCGUGAAGAUGGUCGUUAUCCAGCACACGAUCGACACUCAUGGCAGGACGAACGUGGUCGCCGUCCCAACUGGGAGGAACGAAAUGAGCGCCACUCACAUGAUACCCUUUCACGCCAACGGUCACGAUCGCCUGAUGAUCGUCAGCGUGUUGUCGACGCACAAGAGCGAGAAGCAAAACUUGCGGCUAUGAUGCAAGACGCCAAGACGAUGGACGCAAAUCGAGACGCGAUGAUUCGACAUGUGUCCGAACAAGAGAAUCGUGAACACCAAGAAGAAGAGAAGCGACGCGAUUUAGCGCAUGACAAGACUCAGUGGAGAAAAGGCGGUGGUACAGGGCGCGCAUCGUUCCUAAUAGAUCAGCAGCGCAACUUGUGGGGCGAAUCCAGUGGUGGCAUGGACUUAGAAGAACGGCUUCGUCGUAGUCGACACGCGCUUCAGCCCGUAGGCGAUGACGGAUAA